UUCACAUGCCUUGUAUUUGCUCUCUAAUUUAGGCUCCUUCUGACCAAACAAAGAGGGAGGGAGGGGGAGAAGAAUGAAAAAUAGUAGCAUCUGUGUCAGUAAAAAAUUCUAAGGGUUAACAUAACGUGAUGUAAACUGUUUCAUCUGUUCUUCCUCCUUGCCUGUUUUAAUCAGAAAUGAGUAAGUAGAGCUUAUAUGCACUGAACUUGAAGAAUGCUAAUGGGAUGUCUGCAUCGUGUUGUACUCAGACUACUUAUGCCAGAAUAGGAAAGCCUUUAAUUCUGUGAUUCUCUGAGGCAAGCAAGGCUUUCUGAAGAGUUACUUUAAAUUUAAACUCUCAUUCUAAUGUUAGGCAGCCUGUUGGAUCUCUGAGUUAAAAAUUGCUGCAGCUUUAGUUACUAGAGCCAGAUGUAACAUUGACCUUAAAUGGUAAAAGCUCCCCAGAGUGAAGAGAGGCUGGCCUGAGGGAAAAAGAGGAAUAACUGGAGUUUUAGGAAGUUCCUGCUUACAGCAUUCCAGCCAUCAGACUGCUGAAUAUUCAUUAUCCUUUCUUCACCUGCGCUGCAGGGCACUCUGCUGACCAGGAGAGUUCCUGACCUUAAAUUCCUCUGAUAGAGCAUUCGAGGUCAAGUGCCAAGCUAUCAGUGGGGAUGGAGUAAAGCGCCUUUAUCUGCGCCUUCACUAACACGGGGCUCGGCCGUGACUCACAGAGGGUGCAAAAGGCUCGUGCAGACUGAGAUUGUAGGUCUUCACCCACAUCCACUCUGCCUGGGACAUCCUGCAGAUCACGAGGCCUCUCUGAGCUUAUGCCUUCAGGCUGACUUGAAACAACCUUUGCCAGCAGUGCAUGGUCCUGUUAGUCCCCAGUGCAGCUCCACGUGCUUCACGCUGCCCACCAUGCCAACCUCACCUGAAGACAAGGGACAAGCACAAGAGGCACAGCACAGCAGUUCUCCUCCAGCCAAAGACACUGCAGUUGGAGGGACAACAUGCAGCACCCCUUCUAUUGUUCUUCCAGAGAAUGCUCUUACACCAGAUGCAGAAAUUGAUAAAAAUCUGGUUAACAGGUCUCGUAGUCCUCACAGGAGACAUUCUAACCGUGCCAAUAGGAAUUCUACAAGUUCCUUGACUUCUGUUGACAACAGCGGGCACGUGAUUGACCUGGUAAAUGAUCAGCUACCAGAUGUCAAGAUAUCAGAGGAAGACAAAAAGAAGAACCUUGAGCUACUAGAAGAGGCAAAGAAAGUGAGUGAGAGGUUUCUAAUGCGCAGAGGCAGAAAGUCGAGGAGCAGCCUGCCAGAGUCACCCACAGCAGUUUCCCCUACUCUUAGUCCUAAAGUUUCACCAGUAGCAUCUCGGAGCAACUCUCUCACUCUUCCAGUUCCAUCAGGGUCUGAUGCUUGCACAGCCACUAGUAUUGAAUCUGUAUCUCCAGGGCAGAAUAACAGAACUGUGAAAGAGGAUGACAGGCAAACUGCAGAGAAUGCUGCAAAAGGAUUAACUGAUCGAAGGCAGAAUGAUCAAAGAAAGAUUUCUCAGGGAAGGUUGGUUCCUCGUUCUGCUGGUUUUGAAAACUCCAAAGAGAAGCUGUCUGACCAAAAAGAAAACUUUGAUCCACAUAAACAUAUGGAUACUUUACCUAAAUGCUCCCCUUCAGGUGGUGAUGGUGGUAGAAUGUCUCUUAAUCCUUGCAUGAACGUUUGUGAAAAUGAACUUGGAAAAUCAUUCCUCAAGAAAGGAAAAGAAAAUGAUGUUCCUUUCAGAACCCAUCUACCAGGAGCAGGGAUAGGAAAUAUGGACUCCAAGCUAAAAAUGCCUGUUCCAGAAAUGAGGGACCAUAAAGUUUCAGGUAAACCGGAAUUCAAACUGUGUGGACUGCGUCCUCCUCUACUACGGGCUGUGUCAUGGGACAGCUUGGAGCCUGGGCAGAAGGAGAAAACACCUUCAAAAUUACCAUCUGAGGAAGAUAAAAGCUUUGCUGGCAAUAAACCCAGCAAUCAGUUAAAAGCCUUCAAAGACCUUCAAAUCCAAGUUCAACCAGUUCGAAUGCAGAAGUUAACAAAGCUCAGAGAGGAGCAUAUUUUGAUGAGAAAUCAAAAUUUAGUUGGACUUAAACUUCCUGAACUUAGUGAAGCAGCCGAACAGGAAAAAGGCCCUUCACCUCUCCCUUCCCCCACUGAAGAGGAAGAGACAAAGAAUAGCUCUGACGUCAUGCCCAGCAUUCCUGAUGUAUUGCUGCGAAAACUGCGAGUGCACAAAUCGCUUCCAGGAAGCUCCCCUCCACUUACUGAAAAAGAAGUUGAGAAUGUGUUUGUACAACUUUCCUUGGCCUUUAGAAAUGAUAGUUACACAUUGGAAUCUAGAAUUAACCAAGCAGAGAGAGAGAGAAACCUUACAGAAGAGAAUGCUGAGAAGGAACUGGAAAACUUUAAAGCAGCCAUUACGUCCUCAGCUCACCUGUGGCACCACUAUGAGCACAGGGAAGCCUACCAGAAGCUGCUGGAGGACAUCGCUGUCCUGCGGCGUUUGGCUGCCAGGCUGUCGAGUCGCGCCGAGAUGGUGGGAGCCGUUCGCCAGGAGAAACGCAUGUCAAAAGCAACAGAAGUAAUGAUGCAGUAUGUGGAAAAUCUGAAAAGAACAUAUGAAAAGGAUCAUGCUGAACUAAUGGAGUUCAAGAAACUUGCCAAUCAGAAUUCCAGCAGAAGCUAUGGUGCAUCUGAAGAUGGAGUGCCUCGUUCAUCGAGAUCCAUGUCUCUUACUGUUGGAAAGAAUAUGCCUCGGAGGAGAGUCAGUGUUGCAGUUGUUCCUAAGUUUAACUCCUUGAACAUUCCUGGUCAGUCACCAACAGCUUCACCUAUACCUUCAAUGCCAUCCCUGUCUGAAUCGCCUAGUAAUGGAAGGAGCAGCCUAACAUCUAGUCCUGCUCUGCCAGCACUUCUAGAAAAUGGAAAGUCUAAUGGGGAACCUGACUGUGAAACCUCCCCAUCUGUGCUGUCACAGAGUGGGUUGGAAGAGAUCAGCCCUGAAACUAAAGCCAAGAUAGAAGAGGAAGCAUAUAACAAAGGCUAUCAGGAAGGCUUAAAGAAAACCAAAGAACUUCAAGAACUGAAGGAAGAAGAUGAAGAGACACCCAAAGAAAGUCAUGAUGAACACGAAGAAAGUGAAAAUGAAGAUGAGAUUAAAAACCUGAAAAGCAGCAGACUUGAAGUCAUCAUUAACUAUUUAUAUAUACUGUACCCCAAACUGUGCAAACACUGGAACGUGGUUUGGCUCGUAGUGGCUGCAAUCAUCAUUUUUGCCGUGGUGUUGGGAAUCUACCAUUCCUACAACUCCUGCGAUGAGAAGUCCGAGGGAGCUGAAGGGAAGGCCAGCUGCUCUGCUGCCCACCAGUAUUCCUGGUGGAACUCAGGGUUUCGACACGAGCAACGCACCGAAUAAUAAAGGAACAACCCCGCCUUUGUGGUACCUGAGCAGGUUUGCGCAUUAGCCCACUGUUGUUAAAGGUAGUGCUUCGUCACCCCUGCGGCUGUCACACGUGAGCUGUUGGACAAGUGAGUUCCUCCACACCUCCAGGCCUGGGGCUGCAGGGUGAACACAUCUUGCCGAGAUGACAAUCUGAUGAGUAAUCCUGUCUGUCCUCUUAUUGUAACUGACUGAGACAAAUAAAGGAAUGUGGAAUCGUGAUAAGGUUGUGGCACUGCUGAGCAACCAGCAAGAUAUUUAAAAGAGUGAUUUGCACAUGACAUUGGUGUUUUGAAGAAAAUCAUAAAACCUGCAUUUGCAGUUAGUGCUUUACUUGGCAUUUCCUGAAUUUAUUGCUGAUUGUUGAAGUACUAAUUGCAUUUAAGUCCUUUGGGUUUUAAGAGUCUAAUUAAUUUCCUUAUUCAUGAUUAUUGGGUAGAAAUAGAAGUUUUUCUAUGGAAGAAUCUAAUUAUAUUAUUAGACCAAAUGCCUUGCUGAUGGGGUAAUUUUUAGAGGAAUUAUCUGUAUGAUUAUUUAAAUGGAAUGUUAAGUACAUGCAUAAAUGUGUUUUAUGAUAUACUUUAAGAACGGGACCACCACUUCUUUUAAAAUGAGAUACUCAACAGAACCUAAAAUGGGGUCUAUGUGACAUCAUCAAAUAAAUCUGGGAACUUCUGGUAUAUCAAAGGGACGUGCUUUGCAGAAAGUUCUGUGUGACACUCAGAGUCAGUACUGGUUACAGCAGAAAGUAGUUGCUGUCUGGAAGGUUAGAUGAGCUGCCCAAGCCCAAAAUACAGCAGCUUUGGACAUGGGAAUUCUUUAUUAACAAAGAAACAAAGAAAACAAAAACUCUUCAAACCUCUGUAUACAGGUGAUCACACUUAGUG